GCAGACGACACACAACAUAGCAGUGCUGCCGGAUCGAUCGGACUGGUGUCUGUUUAUUGUCCCCAAAAGUACACUCUCUUCGUACCGAAACCGCGCCAAAAGGUCGAAACACAGUCCCGGAAUGCUAUUUACGAUUUGUGUCCAUUUUCUUACAUACAUUUCAUCGCCAUUGACCGCCUGUUUGUGGCCGGUGCGAAAAUAAAUCCCCAUCAACCCACAUCAACCCGCCGCGAUGGGCGCUGCUGGCAGCACGGCCGCGCUGUCAAACAUGGUUGCUCUGAAAAACAUGAAAAUUGUCUGCGAGUGUCGUGUGUUUGUUGCUGCGAUAAAAUGAAUGUUUUCACGCGUGCUGGAUGGUAAACGGACCCGACUCGGUUGUGCAGCCUCGUUAACAGUGCGUGUGUGCGUGUGUGUGUGUGUGCGUAGGCCACCCUAUUCGACCGCAGAGCGGUGCGCGCGGGAGCAGGGAUCCAGGGCUCCGCUCGAUGUGAGAAGCGUUUGUUUUGGUCGGUACGUGGUUGCCUGGUGGUGUGCGCGGGGCGGUGUUGUUCGUAGUAUGUGCAUUGGGCCGAAAGGAUGUUGAUGCGGUCGGGGAUAGAGCGGUCGGGCAGCCGGGAGCAGCGGGACCAGCAGCAGGACUGGGUGAUGAUGUCGCCCCUGUGGACGGCCCGCUACGACUACGAGGCGCAGGGCGACGACGAGCUGUCGCUCCGGGUGGGCCAGAUCGUGUACGUGCUGUCGACCGACAGCAGCAUCUCGGGCGACGAGGGCUGGUGGACGGGCAAGAUCGGGGACCGGGUGGGCAUCUUUCCGUCGAACUUUGUCACGAACGAGGACCCGGCGGUGCUGAAGGUGCAGCCGGUCGAGAUCCAGUACCACGAGCUCGACCUGAAGGAGGUGAUCGGCGUCGGGGGCUUCAGCAAGGUGCACCGCGCCUUCCUGAACGGGGAGGAGGUGGCGGUGAAAGCGUCCCGGCAGGACGACGAGUUCGAGGUGGCGCGGCAGAACGUGCUGCAGGAGGCGAAGCUGUUCUGGUCGCUCAAGCAUCCGAACAUCGUGUCGCUCAAGGGCGUCUGUCUCGAUCCGAAAACGCUCUGCCUGGUGAUGGAGUACGCGCGGGGCGGCUCGCUCAACAAGAUACUGGCGGGGCGGAAGAUACCACCGAACGUGCUGGUCGACUGGGCGAUCCAGAUCGCGCGCGGUAUGAAGUAUCUGCACUGCGAGGCGCCAAUCUCCGUCAUCCAUCGCGAUUUGAAGAGCUCGAACGUACUGAUCAGCGAAUCGAUCCAGCACGGUCAUCUGCUCAACAAAACGCUCAAAAUCACCGACUUCGGGCUGGCCCGAGAGGCGUACCGGACUACUCGAAUGUCGGCAGCCGGCACCUUCGCCUGGAUGCCACCGGAGGUGAUCAAAUCGGGAACGUACUCCAAAGCGUCCGAUGUGUGGAGCUACGGGGUGCUGCUGUGGGAAUUGCUCACCGGGGAAACUCCCUACAAGGGCUUCGACUCGCUGUCGGUAGCGUACGGUGUGGCGGUGAAUACGCUCGCCUUACCGAUCCCGAAAACCUGCCCCGAAUCAUGGGGCAAACUGAUGAAAUCCUGCUGGGAGAUCGAUCCACACCGUAGGCCUUCGUUUAAGGAUAUUGAAAAGGAUCUGGACAUCAUUGCGCGGUCCGGCUUUGCUCAAACGCCCCACGAAUCAUUCCACACGAUGCAGGACGGCUGGAAAAAGGAAAUCGCGGAAGUGUUGCAAGAAUUGCGUAAAAAAGAAAAGGCAUUUAAAUCUUUUGAGGAGGAACUACGCAGCAAAGAGGAGGAACUGACGCGAGUUCAGCAAGAGCAGCGCUACAAGGAGGAAAAUCUUGCAAAGCGAGAGCAGGAGCUGCACGCGCGGGAAAUCGAGCUGCUGGGCCGUGAGCUGAAAAUUCUAAUCAAUCAAAAUACUCCUACCCCGAAGAAGCGGAAGGGGAAAUUUAGCAAAAGUAGAAUCAAGCUGAUUAAAAAAGCACCGGGUCAAAUUUCGUUGCCAUCGGAUUUUCGUCACACGAUCACGAUACAGCAUACGGCCAUACGCGAUGAGCGGCAGCGGAUCGACACGCCGCCCGGGUCGCCCGCCACCCGGCUGCGCACGAUUGUGUUUCCGGGCGAUGUAAUCAAGGGUAAGACCUGGGGCCCAUCGACGCUGCACCAGCGGGAGCGGAGCCACUUGCCGACGAUGCGACCGAGCGCCCGACCGCAACAGUUCAGCAAGAGUGCCCCGAACCUGGACAAGUCCCGUGCGACCGCGCUGUCCGCUAGCUCGUCGCGGCACGAGAUCCUAGAUUAUGAUACCGACGAAGCGUGGUACGCGGCCAGCCUGGGCGCCGGGCCCUGUACCGACGUGUCAACGCUGAGCGUGGCGCCGCUCUGCUCUAGUCUGAAUCGGUACGGCACGCUGCCGAGCACGGUGCCGAUGCCGACGCUGUACGCUUCCGAGGGCCAGCGCAAGCCGAAGCUUUCCAUCAUCGAGCUCGUGCUGUACAACAUGGCCUCGAUGCUGGCCAGCAUUGCUUCCGGGUACGAUGUGCGUGUGUCGAACGUAACGCCGCUCCAUCCGCGGCUACACCCGGGACCGUUGCAACCGUACGAAUCGUACUCCCAGCCCGUGAGUCCGUACCACCACCAUCGGCACCAGCUGCCGCCAAUGGUAGACCCACAUGCGCUGCAGCUCGAAGGUAUGGUACGGUUGGACGGGAUGCCGCCAUCUUUACCACCCGCGCCACACACGGUGGACAACGCACUGAGCCAGGAGGCGUACGAGGAGGAGCUGGCUCAACAAGCUCAGGAUGAUAGACUUUACGCACAACACAGCACACCGUACCAGGAGACGCCGGAGAGACAGCGGCCGAGGAAGGUGCAUACUCAAUCGACCAGCCCAAGACAGGACGAGCGGGCGCUGAAGUACACGGACUCACCGCAACACUAUCUACCAUCGACGAUGUCGACGACGAGCGGGCUCGGCUCGAACUACACGCCCUCGGGACCCAGCUCGUCCUUCAGCGUGGGAGCGGGAACGCAACCGCCAACGCCUUCGCCCCGCCGAAAGUCUAGCGCCGCGUCGUUCAUGGAUUUUGGUGAUCUGCCGGAAGAGCGCGAAAGUAGAGCGGGCCUCUACAUACCGGGCGAGUACGACGGGUACACGCAGCACAAUCCAAUCUUUACCGCGGGUACGCGCGGUGCCACUAGUAGCUACAUCGGAUCCCAUUAUUUCCCCUACCGGCCGGCGAUAAACUUUGCGUUCGAGCGCGAAACGAAAUCGUACGGCGGGGAACCGGUGUACGAAGACCAUCACUACGACAGUGCCUCGUACCAUGAUUACGCGUACGAAGGUCCCGCCGGGGGACCGUCGGGAACGGCCAGCGCUAGAGCAACGGGUACGCGCGUCCCAACGAUGGGCAUCAGUGCGGCGGGCCAUCGCCGGACGCACUCCAGCAUUUCCAGCACGCUGCACAGUAGCAACGUUAACCAAGGGUUUCACAUGGAGGGCGAUGAGAUGGACGGUGCCGGAACACGCCUGAUUGAUGACGUGACGUACAAGCUGGGCGAUCUCUACCUGCCCGGAGGCGGUACGGAUGCGGCUAGCCGCUUACCGGCACCGAGCACCGCGAAGCUGCACGAAUCUCCCCUGCCUGCUGCCUUUCAUGCGUCGAGCCGAAUGCAUCAGUACGAGAACGUGCCCAACUUCUUCCGGCGGCAAUCGAGCCUGCAGCAGGCGCACUACUCCCCCAGCAGUGCGCACAGUGGACAUCUGUCCGGCGAUUUUAUGUCCGGUGGUGCAAUCCCGGAGCCGGAGGAGCGUCCGUACACGGUGCUGGGGCUGACGGAGCACGGUGCCGACGGUGGAUUGCUGUCCAGCAGCUUAAGACCCCAAACGAAGUUGCGCUCCAGCAUGAAGAAGUACACGCACUCACAUCCGACGCAUCAGCAGGCCACCGCGUCAGCUGGCGGGCAGGGUAAGUACGGGGCGGGCUACGGUAUGCACGGGACGACCAGCGCCACGAACCAAACACCGCCCGACAGUCUCACCAGCGACGACAGCUCGUACCUGAGCGCGAAGGACAACUCGUCCUCGAUUUCCUCGCAAAGCCGGGUGCGCUUUACGCCGGAAAUUGUGCUCGACGUGGACUCGCCGCUCCAGUCGCCGACGUGCUACACGGGCGGAGCUGCUGCUGGGGCUGCGGCUGCCUCGUCCGGCCAUGGCUUAAAGGACAGACGCAGCUCCUCCUCCGGCAGCACGAUGCUAACGGCAACGCCCGGUUCGGGCGCGUCCUCGACGUCUAUUUCGGGCCGGCGGUCGAAUGCCUGCGACACGAGCCAAUCCUAGCAGUACGUGAAAACCUACAUGGUGUAGGGUGGGUCGCGGUCCCGACCCGAGGCAUCCCACUUUAGCGAGCUUGUCAGCCAUUACUGAGCGUGAUGUGAUGUUCGAAAAGCCACUCCCGAAUCAUUCCACGCAAGCACGAACGACAUUCCACGCAUUUCCCUGGAAGGAGAUGGCCUCCCGGUAACGAAUGGGGUGUUCACGAGGUGCUCCAGGAGCGACGGUACUGAGCCAAUCAUCGCGCGCGCGCGAGCGAUCCUUGGCAAGGAAGGGCGACGACGUACGCUUGUUCGCCGUAGGGUUACCCAUAAAAUUGGCUGUGAUACAAUUGAUAAUUUGAAGCGUAGUAAGGAGAGUGUCGUUUUUCUUUCUAUUUAAUCAAAAUGAACAACGGUUCUAACUGGCUCUAACAGAAAAAAGGACGAACGGAAGGUAUCUGCAGCACAGGGCAGCUCGAGGGCGGCAUUUAUUUUGCUUGCAUCACUUCGUUUAAAGUAUUCGUGUGAAAAAGUUUGUGUGAGAAUUCUCGUAAAAUGCAUAAAAUAGACUUAGUUUAAAUAAGUUUUGGCCAAGAAAAAGAAAAAGAAAAGCAAAGUAUUCUAUUCCCAAGAUUAGAUUAGAGCAAGUUUAAUACGUUUAAUUUUGAGUCGUCAGCGAACGAAGGUGCGAUUAAACCAUUCCACAGAACUAGAAUUAUUUACAUUGUGUUAACAACUGCAGGAAAGUAACUCGUUUCUUAACUACUCGAAUGUGCACAAAACGGUCGUAGAUUUAAAAAAAACGAACCAAAUCUAAAACAAUGUUAUGUCUCCCCCUCUCCCCCAGGCAAACGUAUAGCAAACUUCACAUGUUAUCGAAGGCACACGAUUUGAAAUAGGAAAAUCGAAAGAUACUUUCACCAACACACAAAGAAAGUGAGAGAGAGAAACAGCACUAGCACAGUAUGUAACCACUGCAAUCCCUUAACAGUAUAACCACAAUUUUUGAUGCAGCAUGGGACUGAGAACCAAACCCAACAAGAAGUAUUAAAUCGAGCAUGUUGUGCUUGGGCACUGAAUUGUUCAACCAUGCAGUUGUGUUGCAAUGCAUAUAGCCAGGAAUAAUCAAAUAUUGAAAUGAAGCUGGGGUGAAAAGAAAUUGAAAAUGAACGACCUCGAACUCGCAGAUUUGGUUUUGUCCUCUUUUUGUACGGCUAGCAAAUAACUAAACUUCCAACGUGAACGUGGCAUGGGCGACAGUGUAGGGGGGAAACGAACUGCCAAAGAGGAGAUUGAGCGGCACGAUGCACGGUCUGACCAGACAUCGGGAAGAAAGUAACCGAGCGGAAUGGAAUUCAGUUUAAAUUGCCUAAGCAAGCGUAUAAACACAGUCUAGUCGCUAAUACCCUUACAAACCUCUUACAAACAGCGUUGUACAUAGUCUUAGGAAUUGGGCAGGAAGGUUCGAAACAAGAGAGGUGCGGACAGAGGUGCGCUACCGAGUGCUAUUGGCUUAUAAUCUUCAGUAUUUAGUCGAUCGCGUUCCCUCACUAUAAAUGUAAAUGUACACACGUGUGUAUGCGUUGGCUCUAUACUCUCUAGCUAGCCCUGCCUCUCUCUAUACCGUUCGCAGGGCAUUCGUAGCCGUGCACUGGCAGUUGUUUGUGUUCACUGGUAGACACUGUAGCAUCGUUUAACCAGGGUCGGAGGAGAGAGAAACACAACCAUGUUAAUGGUAGAGGAGCCGAAUUAUUGACAAACACACAGACACACACAUACCGAUCAGCUUCUAACAAGGCAGCUUUUUUGUGUGCGGAUUGUAUACUUGAAGGCGCGUUUGUACAAAAGUCGCCUAGAUGUAUGCAAUCGGUAAGACGAGUGAAGCUUGUUGGGCGGUUUGCAGACAGACAGUUCGUGUCUUUCAACGGGGCUGUUAACUGAGAUGCGACCAACACACAUUGAAUUGGAGGGACAUGUUGUAAAUGAAAGUCAACGAAUGGCAAUAUACAGAACUCAGAAAAGAUUGUGAAGGAUGACAAAAUAAAUAGAACAUAUAUAUAUUAAUUAAAAAAGAA